CCAAACGUUCUCUUAAGAUAUAACAGAUUAUGUUUGUGUGAAUACUUAUAAAAAUAUAUUUAGUCUACUGUAAAUCUGUAGAUGUGUACUCAGAAAACGUACAAAUAAAGAUGUUUAAUCACUAUUUGGAGCACUGCGAUCACUAGAUAAGGGCUUAAUGAAUGAAUGUUUGUGAAAAUCUCAAAUUCCACGAAAAUCGACAUGUAAAAAAAAAAAAAAAAAAUUGCCCGCGGAUCAAAAUUAGCCAGUAUGCAUUAGUGCACUUUUUGCCUGGACAAAAUAUCGCUCUGUCACAAUUGAUUGCACUUUUGGUAACCAGGGAUGAGUGGGUCGAGGCCAUUCAGAUGGUGGCAGACAAGCUGGCCAAACAGGAAGAGGAAGGAAUCCUGUGUAGCCCCAUCUCUCAGAUCGAAAACGUCAACGAGGAAGAGAUGGACACGUCAACCAGUCAUCACAAACGAAAGACAAUGAAUGACUUUGACUAUCUGAAGCUGCUGGGUAAAGGCACAUUUGGGAAGGUGAUUCUGGUGCGGGAGAAAGCCAGCGGCACAUAUUAUGCAAUGAAGAUCCUGAAAAAGGAGGUUAUUGUUGCCAAGGAUGAAGUUGCUCACACGCUCACCGAGAGCAGAGUUCUGAAGAACACUAGGCAUCCCUUUCUAACUUCACUGAAGUACUCGUUUCAGACGAAGGAUCGUUUAUGUUUUGUUAUGGAGUAUGUGAAUGGAGGAGAGCUGUUUUUUCAUUUGUCGAGAGAGCGCGUAUUUUCAGAGGAUAGAACCCGUUUCUAUGGCGCUGAGAUCGUUUCUGCGUUGGAUUACUUGCACUCUGCGAAGAUUGUUUACCGUGACCUGAAGCUGGAAAACCUGAUGUUGGAUAAGGACGGUCACAUAAAGAUCACUGAUUUUGGGCUGUGUAAGGAGGGCAUCACAGACACGGCCACCAUGAAAACGUUCUGCGGGACCCCCGAGUAUCUGGCCCCUGAGGUGUUGGAGGACAAUGAUUACGGGAGAGCGGUGGACUGGUGGGGUCUGGGAGUCGUUAUGUAUGAGAUGAUGUGUGGACGCCUUCCCUUUUAUAAUCAGGACCAUGAGAAGCUGUUUGAACUGAUUCUGAUGGAGGAGAUCAAGUUUCCCAGAACCCUCUCUGCAGACGCCAAGUCUUUACUGUCUGGAUUACUCAUCAAAGACCCCAAUAAGAGGCUCGGAGGAGGCCCGGAUGAUGCAAAGGAAAUCAUGAGACACAGUUUCUUCACUAUGCUGGACUGGCAGGACGUCUAUGACAAAAAGCUGGUACCACCGUUCAUGCCGCAGGUCUCGUCUGAGACGGACACCAGGUAUUUCGACGAGGAGUUCACGGCGCAGACCAUCACCAUCACACCUCCGAAUAACUCCUAG